AUGAAUCUCUUCUCCCGUCGCCGUCGCGACUACGACUCGGACGAAGUCACGCCUCCGGGCACCCGUCACAAUGUUGCCCGUGGCACGCAUGGUGAACAUGGCAACGGCACUGCCGCGCACCAUAGCACCACUCACGGCGCAUUCGACAAUGACCGCAGCGGCUACCACAUGGAUGAUCAUCAAGGUGUACACACCAACGGCCGUAACCCCGUCUCCACCGGCGACCGCCACGCUACUCCCCUAAACGAUAGCCAUGGCAUAAAUACCAGUAAUCACCAUGGCCCUCUCUCGCACGAUCGCCAUGCCACACACACAAAUGGCUACCACGGUGACUACACCAAUGACCGCCACGACAUACAUGGCGACAAUCGCUACGAUAAUCGCUACAACGAUGGUCGCUAUAAUGACAACCACUACAAUACUCAGCGAAAUGACCGCCAUACUACCCACAACCGGGGAGGCUUCUUCUCGCGCUUCAACAAGGCCACCAAACCACGAAAACAGCAAAAGCAGCGUAAGCAGCGCGCGUCACGGCCGCUCUUCGAUAUUGACAGCGGCAACUUCAAUCGCCGGCCUUCUUUCGGACAAUGGCUCAAGUUCACGUGGCUCGACCUCCUCACCAUGGCAGCGAUGGGUGCCGUUGGUCUCGGCGUCUACAACGCCGACCCAGCCCCGAGUCGCUCCUUUCCCAUCACAUUCAACGACGGUGAGGUCGUCUACCCACAGUUCGCCUACCCUCUCCGCAACGAGAUCGUACCUAUCUGGCUCGCGGCGCUGCUCGCCUCCCUGAUCCCCAUCUUCAUCAUCCUCUGCAUGCAGAUCCGCAUCCGCAGCUUCUGGGACGUCAACAACGCCAUCAUCGGCCUGCUCUAUUCCCUCAUCUGCGCCGCCGUGUUCCAGGUCUUCGUCAAAUGGCUCAUUGGUGGCAUGCGCCCGCACUUCCUGGUGGUAUGCGACCCGGACCCCGCCAUCGUCAGUGCCGCCCAGGGUUCCGGCAACGGUUUCCAGAACAUCAUGUUCGACCGAAGCAUCUGUCGAGGCGAUCGCAACCAGAUCAACGAUGCUCUAGAGUCGAUGCCCUCGGGCCAUAGUACGGCCGCGUUUGCGGGAUUCAUGUUUCUGUACUUUUACCUGAAUGCGAAACUCAAGGUUUUUAGCAACUACCAUCCCGCCAUGUGGAAAUUGCUCGCCGUCUACGCACCUGUACUGGGGGCGACGUUGAUCGCAGGUGCCAUGACAAUCGACGAGUUCCACCACUGGUACGAUGUGCUUAUGGGCGCCGUCAUUGGCACAGUCAUGGCCGCCAGUGCCUAUCGCAUGGUGUACGCCUCACUUUUUGACUUCCGCUUUAAUCAUGUACCUUUGACCCGCCACACGCCCUUCAGCUUUGGCGCUGGACCCGCGGGUGCCGGUGGCUUUGAAUCAAGCGUCUUCAGCCGCAAGGCUGGCUGGGGCUACGAAGAAGCAUACGGCGGCGCGCCCUUCGAUGCGGCCUACCACUUGCGCGACCAGGUCGCCGGUUUCAACACAACUGUCCACCCGGGAGCGGGAAAGGAAGGUAGUGGCUUGUCCAACGGUCACGGAAACGAUCACGGAUUCGGAAGCGGACGCGACCACAAGCCGGGAGACGUCGAGCAUAACGCUGCCACUGCCACUGCCGCACGAGGCGGCACCGGGAUACUGAAUGGCAACAGAAGCAACGUGACGGACAGCACGCACCACCACCACAGCGGGACAGGCCCGCUCACCGGAAACAGGCACAACGUCAGCGACAGCACAAAUCAUCGCACCAGCCCCGGCAUGAUGACUGAAGGAAGAGCGAACGCCACCGAUGGACCACUUCAUCAUGGCAGCGGCCCAGAAACGACGACGACGAACCGUGGCGGCGCCGACUGGGGAUACCCCGAGGGCGCCGGAGAGCCCGACAGAUACCGCCAGCACCGCAAAAGUAUCGAGCGAAAGGCGCUGCCGACGGUGCCGACGUAG